AUGGAGAAAAUAGGAGGUUCUUCGCUGAAACCCUUGCAAAAGAUCAAGAUACUGAAGUCUCAGAUUAUCCCGAGGCUUCAGUAUAGGUAUGUGAAGGGAUCCUGUUCUAUGAACCUUCUCAGGGCACUAGACAGGACCCUUCGCGACCGGACCAGGCAAUGGCUCCGCCUACCUCGGACGCUCAAUACAGCGGCCAUUGGCCUACCCAUGAGAGACGGGGGCGUGGGAGUGCCCUCGCUAUUGGAGACCGUUGCCCAGCAGAAGAUGGGACUGCUCCGGCGUCUCGAGGCCUCAGACGACCCUGCAGUAAGGUUUAUAGCCUCUGGGGGUCUCUGGGGUCGCGAAGUCGGGGCAAUGGCGAGGCACUUCCGGGUAGGCCAUGUAGACAACAACACCUUGUCUCAAUUUAAAAGGUCGCUGUUGCGGAAGAAGAGGGAAGAGUGGAGUACAUCCUGGCAUGGCAAGGGGGCAGAGAACUUCUUGCGAAAUGAUCUAGGCCCAGGCAGGAAAGCCAUCGACCUAUUGCGACUCAGGUCUCAGACCAUCAACUGCCGAAAAAAUGGCCAGUACUCGGUGCUCGACGUCUGUGUGCCCUUCGAAAGCGAUAUUAACAACCUUCGCUUAGCUGAGCAGCACAAGAUCGAUAAGUACCGUGCACACGAGGUCGACAUCAGGAGGUUCAUUGCUAAUAACAGCUCGCUGCCCCCGGUAGCUGCAGUGAACUUCCUGGGUGUUGCCUUCGGUGCACGAGGUGGCAUAAGACCAGCCACUAUCAAGCUGCUCAGCCGGUUGGGCAUCAGACGCGCGGGCAUCGAGAUACUUGUCACAAUGGCCAUUGAGGGAUCUAUAAACAUCCUUAGAUCCCUCAGACUGCAGGCGGACGGCUAG